UGAAGACUUUUCUUUCAAUAAUACUUUAGAAGAUAAAAACAAAAGAUAAAUAUACUUUGGGUAAAGCAUAGGCUAAAAAUAACAAACUGAAAUAACAGACAUAAAAUCAAAGUUCAUUUAGAAAAAGAAAUAAACACAGUUAUCAGACUUCAUAAUAGUGUGAAUGCUGUUCUGAAUAGGAGUCAGCAAUUUGUCAUCGCCACUAAAAAGACAAACAAAAUUUUCAACUGCAUCAUUAGAAGGUUAAUUUCCCAAUCACAGGAAGUAACGGUUACACAAUAUUCUGCAUUAGCCAGACUCUCCCUUAAUGUCCAGAAAUCCAGUUCUGAUCACAUCUUUCAAGACAUUCAAGACCACAUUCAGAGAAAAAUAACAAAGAUGAUCAGGGAACUGGAAAUUAUGUCCUACAAAGAAAGUUGGAAGAACUGGGGAUGUUUAGCUCUCAGAGGAGGACUGAAGAAACUAAGAACACUGGAAGUAUGUUGUGCAUAUUUGGGUAGGAUCCAAAAAUUGUAAUAAUUAAAUAAAUAUUACAGAUUAUUUGCCUGACAUUGCAGAGAGCAGGACAUGAUGUAACAGUUUUACAUUACUAGAAGGCAGAUUCCAGCUGAACUGAAUAUUAGGAAAUCAUUUUAGUAUGAUUUAAUUUUGGAUUCCUGUGCUGAGCUGUGAGUUGGGCUCAAGUGAUCUAAGUGGCCCUUUCCAACUCUAAGAUUCAAUGGAAAAGAGUGGAGCACAGGCUGGCUGGAGUGACUUCCUUAACCUUGCAUUUCCCCAAAAAUGUUGAAAUGUUAAUUAUAACUCAACAUAUGUGACUCAGAUUGGGAAGAGAUACGGUAUCUUAAAAUAUGGAGACCCAAGUUGGUUAAUCCCCACUGAGCCCCAAAAGUGCUGGGUGAAUGCGGUCUAAUCACUGUCUCUCAAGCUUCCCUAGCUUGCAAGGAUUGGUGUGAGAAACAAAAAUCGGAGAAACGUGGAAACUCCCUAAUACUCCUUGAAAAAAAGGCCUUAUAGAAUUUUUAAAAACACGCAUGCUUUCGCAAGCCAGAGGGCUGCAAAUGCAACUCUUUCCAUCCACUACUCUGAACAAAGUAGGGAAUGAGCGGAAAUUCGGGUUGGUUCUGACAAGCCACGGCUACCGGUUGAGGGCACAUCGCAUCCUCACGACUCCAAUUUGCUGUGUUGGGAUUAGCUUUUUCCCGCCCUCGCUUCACUUCAUUUCCAUAGCGACAGGCGGAGGAAGUAAACGAGACUUGAAGCUAACUCCGAGUUCCCAGGCGCCGCCACCGAUUGAGACGCCAAGAACUCUGCGAUAAAUCCUCCAGGCAUAUCUGGAUAUGGCUAUGCAAGAGCACCUGCGAAUAAAGGAACGUCACCACUGUUCAAUAACAGCUCUUGGCUACCAUUCAGCUCGACGGGAAUGUCUCACUGGAUUUGAAGAUGGAGUGAUCAAAUGGUGGGACAUGGAAAGUGGGCACAUGACCUUGUGCACCAAAGAACAUGCCGGCUGGGUCACCCACUUCCUUUCCUGGAUACAGGCACGGCUCCUCUUCUCUGCCUCCAAUGACAGCUCUGUGCUGGUUUGGGCUCCAGGUGGUACAGUGCUUGACCGUAUUCUGUUGGGCUAUCCCAUCUUCACCUUGGCAAUCAGCCUGGCUCGGCAUCUCCUUCUUUGUGGGAGCAAAGGACGCCUGAUGGUUUUCCCCUUGGAUGAAAAAAGAGAAUCUGGGCAUAUAGUCAACAUAACCCAAAGCUUUUCUGAAUGGACCCACAAAGACAUUGUGUCCUGCAUCACCUGCCUUGAUAACCAUAUUUAUACCGCUGGGUAUGACAAAAAACUACUGAUCUUUGACACUUACCAGACCUCAGGCAGAAAAGGCCUGACAAAGAAGCAGUGCAUCUCACGUGCCCAUAAUGCAGCCAUCACCCAUUUGAUUCUGGUGCGCCAGCAAGAAACCACAAGGGUGCUUUCAGGCUCCUUUGACCAGACGGUUGGCAUCUGGUCCCAGGAUGGCAAGUUGAUCCAGCGCCUCGGCCCCUUCAUCAGUAACAUAACUGGACUGUGCUAUGUAGCACCUAUUGGCGUCAUUUGGAUUGCUAAUGGCACUUCCCAGCCCACCCUUUAUGAGCCGCAGUCUGGAGAAAUAGUUUCACAGUUCAUAUCCACAUUCCAGGGCAAUCAGAAGGAUGAGCUGGUUCUCCAGCAGCUCCUCAGCCUGCCAGACUCAAAGCAUGUGAUUGGCAUAGCAAAACCACAGCAAGUUGUGAUCUGGCGCUACAGUGAGUUGGGAUGUCUAACGCUGCUGCCUUGCAAACACUCCCUGGAGUGUCUUGCUUAUGCCAAAAAGGAGCCCAUUUUGCUCUUCAGUGGGGACACCAAUGGAAUGUUGCAAAAAUGGGAAAGAAGCUACAUAUCUCCCUUCAUUUACAGCAGGGAGUCCUUCCAUAUAGACAAAGGCCACUUGGAGCGACGAGGACCUUUGGCUGAUCAGAUAGAGAAAGGUCAUCAGAAAGAAUUGGAACCUUGUCCAUAUUCUGCACAAAAAAUGAGGACUUGCAGUAGGCUCCGAAGUUGUUACAGUAGAUCCCUGAUCACAGCCAAAGACAUAGGAAAAGAAAAAAUAGGGUUCACUAGGGUCAUCUUUGUCGAACAGCUGGAUAUUCUAGUGAUGUCAGCAAUCAACGGGAAUAUUUAUCUCUGGGAAUUUGAGACCUUCAUCCCAGGUACUGAGCCCCCUGCCCAGCAAAAUAUGUCUGCAUUGGAUCAAGAGUCCAAAACACUAGCAAAAGGUUGUGCCCAAAGUGAGAUGGUCUGUGAACCUUCAAGUAGCUGUAUCUCAGACCUCACAUGCAGAAUAGUAUUGUGUGGACACACCGGCAUGAUUACAGCACUUACCCUAGUGACAAAUGAGAUGAAUGGCAUUCACAUCCCUUAUCUGCUCAGUGGGGGAUGGGAUGGAAGGCUGUGCCUCUGGAAUCUUCAAAAGCGCUCCUUUCAAAACACCUUCUCCAAUCUGCCUGGGGAUAACGAGCCUAUCCUGGAUGUGGCCUGUUCCCAAAAUAGCCUAUAUCCCCCUGCUCCUGAAAGGAGGGAAUUUGCCUUCUCUACCAGCACUGGAGUUUUCAUCUGUGCUUUCAAUUUUCAUUGUGCUGAUCUGGAGCUCCUGGCUGAACUCUGUGAGCACAAAACCACAGUCCUAGCCCUGGCAUGGCACCCACAACAAAACAAAUGGGUAACUGGUGCUGAAGAUGGCACCAUUCAACUCUGGAGUGAAGAUGGUGGAUGUUGUGUGCGAGACAUGAAAGCCCCUAGAAGAAUCACUUGUAUUUGCAUUGACCAGAUCAAUGGAUGUAUCAUUGCAGGAGACCAUGAUACUAUCAGGAUUUAUGACCCAAACUCUGGAGCACUAGUGCAAAGUUACACAGGACAUCAAGAUUCUAUCAAGGGUCUCAUCCAUGUCCCAGAAAUGAAGCAGUAUGUGUCAGUUUCACUGGAUGGCACAGCUCGCAUAUGGAAGGCCUACCAUCAAGGGGGAUAGUCCAAGUCCCAGUCAACUGGCAACUUUAUUAUUAUCCUACAUACCAUCUAGAAUCUGGAUUCUGUCAAACUUUUAUUAUGACCUUUGGGCCAGAGAACACAACAAUAAAAAAACGUAAACCUGUCGUUAUUGAUAAAACUUUAAAAAAAUAAAAUGAAAUGUACAUAAGACAAUUAUAAUAGCUGUACUACAGAUGGCAGUGGCAAUCAUCGAAAUUUGUGCUAAACUUCAAUCUUAGGUAGGAUAGAUACAACGAAUGGUAGCACAAAGCCAGGCUAGAAAGAUAUAGCAUGAUCCUAGUCAGUUAGAAACAGUGACCAGAGAGACAUCGUGCUCUCUACCAUGGUACGGUAGUUCCUUAAAAUGAGAUGAAUGUAUGUCUUCCUAGAUUCUCUAUGUAAAAAGCAACAGAGAAGCACAGAUUCCACAGAGCUAUCUCCACAUGGGUAUAAGCAUUGCUGAAAAGGGAUGUUUUUAUACACCCCACCACUACCCAAGACUGCAGAGAGUAGUGAAAUCAACCUGGCCAAGGUAAAAAGCUCAAUGAAAUUUCAGAAUUAGAAUUGAAAAGAGAUAAGAUGACGGCACAUGCACAUUUGAAAGGAAUACAUUAACUAUAGAGUGGGAUACUAGACUUAAACUGGUUUGAAAAUCAAUGUCUCAAAUAUGUUGUUUAAGAUGACUGCUGGCAUUUUUAAAUAUUAAUGGACAGAGACUUUACAAAGAGUCCUGAGGACUAGAGUUUGCUAUUAGUUUUUGCUAGCCAGGCUGAUUUAAAAUAAUUUUUUAGAGCACCACUGGAACCAGACCUACAGGAUAAGAAAAUCAAUUUCAACAGAAAACAAGGAGACAGAACCAGGCUCUGGCAUCCACAAAAACCAAACCUGCCUAUAACUGUUAAACAGCACUAUUGAUGCAUCUUGGAACUGCAAGUAUUGGUCUUAUAAACUAGAUAGCUUCCAAGACAUUAAACUUUAUAAACAUGCUAAUUGAACCUCCAUAAAGAAGCUGAGAAAUUACUUAAGAAAAAGCAAGAUGCAAGAAUAAAAUGUGCCUCCUUUGAAUAAGGGAAUCUUAAGAGAAUAGUACAAUAGCCACACUUGCCUAAUAAAUGUAUGCACCAUGAUAAGAAAGCUAGAAUUGCACUCCAAGAUAUUUAUAAGUAUGUGCCUGCUCUAUUGGCACAUCUGCAAGGAAUGUAAACCUACUUAAUGCCUGGGAGAGAGUUUCAGAUUUUGUCUCCGCAAUGUUUCCUGUCCUUUCCUAGCCCUUAUUCUUUUCCUCUCUUCUUACCCUAUCUUUACUAUAUACACAGAAAAUAAAUUAAUUUUGAAAAGCCAAUCUUUGUAGAGAAAAUAAGCUAAGUAAGUACAUGAAAAAGUUGUAUGAAUAUUGUGACCUGGACAAUUAAUGUUGAAUUUUGCCCAUGACUAUGUUCUCCAAGAUAAAAUCUGAACUUAAAGGCAACGAACAAUUUGUACACUCAUCAAGGCUAAGGGAGGAACUUCAAAGAGUCAAACACACCGUAGCAUGAUUAGGUAUUCUUAGGCAGUACAAUUUGUUGUAUGUAUUCGUGUCACUGAGACAUCUCAAGGUAUAUUCAUAUUUUAAGAAACGGUAAAACCUAGCAAGGGAAAAAUGUGCAAAGCAGCAUUUGAACUGAAGGGCCAUUUUUGCACGAAUAUUGUUUAGCAUCACCCAGCACACUAUGGUGAUAAAAAGCCUGCCUUUGUUAAUGUUAGCUUGAGUGAUGCUAUAAACUGGGACUGGAUAAUCAGAAUGUUUAGUGCCAGUAAGCGUUCCUGUACUAUUAAGACAUUUGCUAUACAGUAUUUAAGCAAACUUCCUUCUAUGAUCUGCUUUGCUUUCACAGAGGUAUUUCCCGUCCUUAGAUAUACUGUACUUUAUUUUAUAUGCAAGAAAAGUAUUUUCUUCAAGUUAGCAUACAAGCACAUUUACUAAUUAUUCAUAAUAUAUAAUUAUACAAGCAUGAUGGGAAACCGAUGACUAUUACUUUAGAUUGGAACUAUGAUGGAUGAGUCUAUCCAUUUUGAAUAUACUAUUCUAUGGCUUUUAACUGUAUUUUAUUACAGUGCCAUUUGCAAAUUUCCACCCAGCACUAAAAUAACCCUCUAUGCUGGCUCUGUUUACCUUUGACAUCUGCCCCGCUUUCCAUGGCAUAUCAUACGUUUAAAGCACGCUUUCUGUGAUAUCAGUAUCAUGUUCUUUUUGGGAACUAUUAAUUUUUAAGAGCUGCAUUCUGGCAUCCAGUCCCAUAUCCUUAUUGAGAAGUUUCUAUUUGGAUUAUUUUGAGAACAGCGCUAACUGUGGAGUUUUCAGGGAACAUUACAUAGCCUUUGUGACAAAUUAAAUGCUACCCACUAAGGAAAACAAUGCAGCACAUAUUGGAGAAUUCAUGUUCAUUCUUAUUCCUUCAAAUUGUAUUAAUGCUUACAUUUCUUGGUUACCUUUCAAAACUGAGCACUAUUCUAAUAGUUCAGGUAAAAAUAUUAAAUAAGCUUAAUCUUUUCUUUCCAUAAAUUUGAGUAGCAGAAUCUUUUAUGAUUGACAUGGAUUGUAAACUUCAGAGACUGACUUUCAGGAAGAAUUCCCAUCUUAAAAACUACUAGUGUUGUUGGUUAGGUAGCCGUACCAGCACGUUGUUGACACUUGCAUCUCUUGGGGA